AUGCUGCUUGCCCACGGAGCGAGCCUGAAGCAGCGCACUGGGAAAGGCGCUCUCGCGCUGCAGGGCCCACUUCACCACGCAUUCCAGUCCGGAAACGCAGAUCUGGUAAAAUGGCUAAUCGACGAGUACCGGACCGCCAAUCUCACAAUACGCGAAGUCGAUAGCGAGGAGAGAUACCCCAUACACUGUGCUUCUACACCCGAAGUCGUGGACUGCUGGGUGAAUGCUGGAGGAAUGCUCAAAGUAAGGGAUAAACAGGGCAACACCCCAUUACAUGCACUUGUCACACACGCAAACAUCAAUGUUGUAAAACGACUGGUGGAACACGAGGCCAAUGUCAAGAAGAAGAAUAAGGCAGGGCUGCUGCCGAUCGAACAGCUGUGUCUCGACGAAAAGGCCUGGUUAUCUGGCACUUCGGAUGGGUCGUGUGAAUCGGACAAGGUUCGAUUGGAGGUGCUGCAGUUUCUUCAGGGGUUCAUGUGA